AACUAAUCCCACCUGAAACCUCAUCCACUGAGGUUAAUAUUUAACAAGCGUUGAGAGUUUGGUUCCUCACAAAAACAAGCAUCUUUCCACUUUUUCUCUAUUAUGUUUGCCAGACAGGUCUUCCUACCGCUAACCACAGUCAAGCGUCUUGAAUCUUGAAUCAAGAGAUAGGAACACUCAGGCAUCAUGUAUGUCAAUUCUGGAGCAGAAAAUGUGUCCAUGUCUUUGAACUUUAUGGGCAGGAAGUUACGUAACCAUACUGUUGCCCCAGCAGCAAAACAACGUGCCUGGGAGACCACUGACCUUUCUCGAUAUCAGGAUGAUCCAGUGGUCUCCACACGAGUGGUACUUUCUCAUCCCAUUGUGUCAUCAGAGGAACUGCCAGGCAGUGUGCCUGAUCUGAGAGAAGAGGUUCAGUGGCGUAGAUCGUGUAACAUCCAUAAUACACUCCUAGACAAGGAUAAAGAUAGAGGUGCAGCUAAAUGUGAGGUCUCAUGGCUGAGGGAAGGUAGACUCAAAUGGAAAACGUUCAAACGCUGGAUCGGCGUAGACCGCCACCGUGGUCCAAAAUGCAGAGGCAAAGGUAGGUCCCAUCAGUGGAGAUUGGUCAUGUUUAAAUUCCGAUCGAAAUCCAUUCAAAUUCAUACGAUUUUAAUCACAGCACCCAAUGUGUCUUCUAUGAGUGUAAGACAUCCUAAAGAUGAGGCUCCAGUGGACAUCAAGAUGUUUAUCCCAUACGACUCUGCCAAGCUAUGCAUAACCCAAAUCACAGAUGAUAUGACUGCAAUGAAGAGCAGACAUCAGGAGAUUAUACAAGAACUGGAGGAGAACUUUCUCAUUGCAUCACGAGAGAAUCAGGAAAAAGUAGCUGUUAAAAUGAGGACGUAUUAUCAAAACAAGCUUAACACCCUGAAGAGAAUCCUAGAUAUUUACCAGGAAAAGGUGGCCAGAAAAAACACAUACUGGGAGGAGAAGGUCAGGACUAUAGAGGAUCUCAAUGAAAAACUUAAGGUGCAACAUAAAUUGCUUCAGGAGAGGAACCAAAAAGACUUGGCCUCAUGGGAUCAAGAAAAGAACAAGAUGAUGGAAUUGUUCUCCUCUCGACUGGACCUCCUUAACAACCACCAGGCAUCAACACUGCAGGAACUGCAUUUGGCCAGGGCAGAGAUGGGGAAGGUCCAGGAGAUGCUCGAAGCCUUUCAGGAGAAGAAAGAAGCAGAAAAUACAUCUGAAGAAAAGGACAGUAGUGAUUCAGAUGUACCACUAGAUGGAGCACAAGCUCGUCUGGAGAUUUUGAAGGAUAACCUCUUGAAGAGGGAGAGAGAGAUCUCAAUGCUCAUGGAAGGACAAGAGCAUGUGACAGAACCAGUUGAACAGUCAGCAUAUGCUCACCUCCUCAGUGCUGUUAUACAACAGGCUCACUGUGUUUAUGCUGAGCUGACAGAGGCUAAACAGCAGUUUGACCAAAUGGCAGAAGACAACCAAAAAAUUCUGGAGAAGAUUAAAGAAAGUCUUGACCAAACAGUGGAAGAGUCCAGCCAGAAGAGCCAUGAGGAACAAGAGGAUGCACAGCAGAAAAUGGCAGAGCCACAGGUGGGGGACGGAUCACAGGCCAGGUUACUCCAUCAUGAGGUCAAACAGGUGGCUUUGGAGUGCAUCAGAACAGGGGCUAAACCCACUGUAACUGAGACUGACAUGAAUGAGGAAUGGACAGCAGAGCUGGAUGAAAGAGUCAGAAAAUUUGAGGAGGAUUUCCAAAAGAAUGGAUUCUUAAAUUCUGAUACUGAUAAAAGUGUGGGGCACCAGUUGCUGUUACUCCAAGCAGAGUUAAAGCAAAUCAAAGAUGAAAACAAGAAGAUUAUUGAAAACUACACAGCUGAAAGAACCUUGAGGAAGAAGUACUACAACAUGGUGGAGGACAUGAAAGGUAAAAUCAGAGUAUUCUGUCGAAUAAGGCCGUUGACUCGUGCAGAACAGGCAAAAAGAGGUCACACCAUCAUCGCUUGUCUUGACGACUACUCUGUGAUCCUGGAGACCCCACGAGGACCUCGCGAGUUUCAGUUUGACAAGAUCUUCAACCCCGAGUGCACACAGGAGGAAGUCUUCACUGAGUCCAGUGGGCUAAUCCAGUGUGCGAUUGAUGGAUUUAACGUAUGCAUUUUUGCAUAUGGUCAUACGGGUUCAGGGAAAACCUUCACAAUGGUUGGAGACAGAGAUCGGAGGAACCCAGGAAUCAUUCCCAGAACGUUCACCAAGAUCUUUGAGAUCAUCCAUGAUAAUGAGUCUAAAUUUGAAUUUAAGGUUUCAGCCUACAUGCUGGAGCUGUACAACGACCGCCUACAGGACCUCUUUGUGAGCCCCGCUGAAGCUUUCAGCAAGCGAAUCGAAAUUAAGAGGGACAGAAAGGGGCUUGUGUUUGCCCAGGGAGCAGAGACAAAAGAGGCAGCCAGCGCUGGCGAACUCUUCGCAUUAUUUGAGCAGGGCUGUGCAAACCGCCACAUUGCGGCCACAAAGAUGAACGUAGAGAGUUCCCGCUCUCACCUGAUCAUUGGCAUCAUGAUUGAGAGCCGGAAUCUGACCAAUGGAAGCGUGAGUUUCGGGAAGCUUAGUCUGGUGGACCUGGCAGGAAGUGAACGAGCAUCAAAAACUGGUGCCAAAGACGACCAGCUGAAGGAGGCAAACUCUAUUAACAAAUCUCUGAGUGCCCUUGGAGAUGUGAUUUCAGCUUUGUCAAUGGAGCAGCCUCAUGUGCCCUACCGUAACAACAAGCUGACCCAGCUCAUGCAGGACUCACUGGGCGGCAAUGCCAAGACCCUCAUGUUCCUCAACAUCUCUCCCUCUGACUGCAACUUGGACGAAACUCUCACCUCACUCAUCUAUGCAACUCGAGUGAAAGCCAUCACCAACAAUGCUCAGAGGAACAUAGACAGCAUGGAAAUCGCUCAGCUAAAAGAGGUGAUUUUAAAAUUGAAAUCAGGUCAGCCCGUCGAAGAAGAUGUGUAAACUUCCUUCAUCUUCCACAUUUACUGUCUUUUGGUCAAUCUAAUGCAUUCUUGCUAAAUAAAAAUAAUUUAUUUCUUUAAAAAAUCUUACCGACCCCAAACAUUUGAACAUUACUUCACAUCAAGAAUUACUGUAAGAAACAUCAAAUCUGAAACAGUCAACUCUCUUCACAAACUA